AUGGAGACUGCUAAAGCUUGGUUGAAUAAGUUAAAAUCGAAAGAUAAGGUGAAAUCCUCGAAAAAGAAGGAAACCACGAGUAAUGUAAAGGAGGGACCCAAAACGACUGGAGGUGAAGAAACACUUUCAAAUGUAACAAAGGAGAAGGCUGCUGCUGCGAAACUAUAUAUCGAAAAUCAUUACAAAAUGCAAAUGCAGAGUCUGCAAGAAAGGAAGGAGCGGCGCAAAAUGCUAGAAAAAAAAUUGGCUGCUGCAGAAGUCUCUGAGGAAGAGCAAAACAACUUGCUUAAAGAUUUGGAGAUGAAGGAAACUGAAUACAUGCGCCGUCAGAGGCAUAAAAUGGGAGCUGAUGACUUCGAGCCAUUGACUAUGAUUGGGAAGGGUGCAUUCGGAGAGGUUAGGAUCUGUAGGGAGAAGGGAACAGGGAAUGUCUAUGCAAUGAAGAAGCUUAAGAAAUCUGAGAUGCUUCGCAGAGGCCAGGUGGAACAUGUAAAAGCAGAGAGAAAUUUACUUGCGGAAGUUGACAGCAAUUGCAUUGUCAAAUUGUAUUGUUCUUUCCAAGAUGAGGAGUACUUGUAUCUCAUAAUGGAGUAUCUACCUGGUGGGGAUAUGAUGACUUUACUGAUGCGGAAAGACACCCUUACUGAAGAUGAGGCCAGGUUUUAUAUUGGAGAAACUGUCCUGGCUAUUGAGUCCAUUCAUAAGCACAAUUAUAUCCACAGAGAUAUCAAGCCUGACAAUCUGCUACUUGACAGAGAGGGCCACAUGAAAUUGUCAGACUUUGGAUUAUGUAAACCAUUAGACUGUACUAAUCUUCAGGAAAAAGAUUUCACAGUUGCACGAAAUGUUAGUGGGGCUUUACAAAGUGAUGGCCGCCCUGUCGCGACAAGACGCACCCAACAGGAGCAGCUGCUUAACUGGCAGAGAAAUAGGAGGAUGCUUGUUAAGGUUAUUGGUUUCAGGCUUAUUCCACAGUUGGAACUCCUGACUAUAUUGCCCCGGAAGUGGUCUCUUGGUGCCAUCAUGUAUGAAAUGCUUGUGGGGUUCCCGCCAUUUUAUUCAGAUGAUCCGAUGACAACUUGUAGGAAGAUAGUAAAUUGGAGAAAUUACUUGAAAUUCCCAGAUGAGGUUAGACUAUCACCAGAGGCCAAGGAUCUUAUUUGUAGGCUUUUAUGCAAUGUUGAACAAAGGCUUGGAACUAAAGGAGCAGAUGAAAUUAAGGGUCACCCUUGGUUCAGAGGUACCGAAUGGGGAAAAUUGUACCAAAUGAAGGCUGCCUUUAUUCCCCAAGUCAAUGAUGAGCUGGACACCCAAAAUUUUGAAAAAUUUGAAGAGACUGACAAGCAAGUUCCAAAGUCGUCAAAGUCAGGUCCAUGGAGAAAGAUGCUCUCAUCCAAGGACAUUAACUUUGUGGGAUAUACUUACAAGAACGUAGAAAUCGUAAACGAUGACCAAAUACCAGGGAUAGCUGAACUGAAGAAAAAGAGCAACAAGCCAAAGCGGCCGUCGAUUAAAUCCCUCUUUGAAGAUGAGUCAUCUGGUGGCACAACAACAACCCACCAAGGAAGCUUCUUGAAUCUAUUACCAACGCAGAUGGAAGAUCCAGAGAAAGAAGGUAGUAAAUCGAGCUCAUCCGGGUGA